AUGCUGACAGCUCCCGUCGCAUCACCAAACUCACACCUCCUACUUUGCGCAUCAUCGAAACAGGGUGGUCAGUGCUUCCUGCUUGAUUGGCUGAUCGGAAGUGAUUCUUGGUCAAAACUUCGGCUCGAUGAUUCACGGAUUGAGCAGAUUGUGGAGUUCAAUGGCCAGUUCAUCGCAAUGGACUACUACUACAAGCUAUACAGUCUGUCCUUGGCCCCUCAGCUUGGUCUGCAGGAGAUAGCAAUUGCGUGGUGGGAUGGCGAGGAUGCAUGCCCAUAUCUAAGGCCAUGGAUCGUGGUGUGUGAUGACAUGCUCCUGAUGGUCGACCAUUGCAUAACCCUUUCGUUAGCUGGAGCACCUGUCGAGUACAAAGUCUAUCGCCUCGACAUGUCAACUGUGCCUGCAGCUUGGGUGGAGGUGAAGAAGCUAGAGAAUUACUCGCUUUUUAUUGGGUGCGAUGUGAGGAGCCCUGCGUUUUCUUGCUCCAGCCUAGGACGAUGGAGUGGGAGGAGUAACUGCUUGUACUACGGGUAUUACGAUCCACCCUUGGUGUUGCAUGGGCUUGGAGAUGAUGCGGAUGCUGUGUGGAAUCCAGACAACGAUGAUUACCUUGAGUUCAAGAGGAACUGGUACACCCAACUGCAGGUCUUCUGGGUGUACCCAAGUAUGCUCUAUCGCUGA